ACCGUAAAUAAACGAAUAUCGCGAGUGAACGAGCGUCGAGAGUGUCCGAGGAUGAUCGCGCGACUUUCACAAUACGAUGGAAGCGCGCGUCAGCUGAUUUUGACAGUUCGAUGACAGCGCGAUCGCGAAGGCGGAGCGAGGUCGCGUCGCGUUUUUCGCGCUCUUGACGAUGAUUAUCGAUCACGAGCGAGAUCGGGAGUGCUGAAUAAAGUGUCGCGUGUUCGCGUUGACGAUAUCGUGCGAGUUUGCGUGCAUCAAGAUUGGAAUGGGACGUCCCGAGGCGAGCGAAUGGAGGCCUGUGGAACAGCCGGUGAACGGUAAAGCCAGGUCAUUGAAGAGCAAUCAUGCAGAGUGUUGUGGUUCUAUUAUUGCUGGCAGUAGUUGCCACAGGGUACGCUGUUUCCUUUAACAAAAUUCGAGAUGGAGAAUGGUUCAUCUUUAAGACCCACCAUAAAAAAGUUUACAAAUCCCCGAUCGAAGAGGGAUACAGAAUGAAAAUCUUCUUGGAUAACAAGCAUAAGAUUGUUGAGCAUAAUCGCAAGUAUGAAAUGAAGGAAGUUAACUACAAACUAGGAAUGAAUAAAUAUGGAGAUAUGUUACAUCACGAAUUUGUCAAUACUUUGAAUGGUUUCAACAAAUCAGAGACUGUUAGUGAAGAACAACUUAUAGGAGCAACAUUCAUUGAACCAGUUAAUGUUGAAUUAGCAAAAUCUGUCGAUUGGAGAACAAACGGCGCUGUCACUGCAAUUAAGGAUCAAGGACAAUGUGGAUCCUGCUGGGCAUUUUCUUCAACUGGAGCUUUGGAAGGACAGCAUUUUAGACAAUCUGGUGUUUUAGUGUCAUUGAGUGAACAAAACUUGAUCGAUUGUUCCGGCAAGUAUGGUAACAAUGGAUGCAAUGGUGGUUUGAUGGAUUACGCUUUCCGAUAUGUUAAAGAAAAUAAAGGCCUUGAUACUGAAAAGAGUUACCCAUAUGAAGCAGAGAAUGACCAAUGCAGAUAUAAUCCGAAAAACAGUGGCGCUUCUGACGUUGGCUUUGUGGACAUUCCAGAAGGAGAUGAGGAAAAAUUGAAAGCUGCGGUUGCCACCAUAGGUCCGAUCUCGGUUGCCAUCGAUGCCUCUCACGAAUCCUUCCAGUUUUAUAGCGAAGGAGUUUAUUACGAGUCUGAAUGCAGUCCGACAGAUUUGGAUCAUGGUGUACUGAUUGUUGGUUAUGGCACAGAUUCGGGAAGUGGUGAAGAUUAUUGGCUGGUAAAGAAUAGUUGGGGUGAAACAUGGGGCGAAAAGGGUUACAUUAAGAUGGCCAGGAAUAAGAAUAAUCAUUGUGGUAUAGCGAGCAGUGCCAGUUACCCUCUCGUUUAACAUUCAAUGUCAAUUGGCAAGCCAAAUUUUUCAAUUUGUUGUAAUCUGUCUGAAGCAAGACAGAUGUACUUAGGGACCUAAUAAAGUUUCGAAAUUUCUAUUAAAAAAAA